GAUGAUGGUCGAGAUUUGGAUUCACUCUGACUGAAUGUCUUGUUCACCCACCAACCACGAUAGUUUCUCUCUCCUCUCCCUUCGUACUAAUAUUAUUCUUAUCGAUAUCCUCCUGCUUAUCUUGGCCUUGGCUCCUUGUUAAAUUCAUCAGUUCUUAGUGGGCCCUGAUUGCCACGUGUGCAUCCUGUGUUUCUCGCUGCGCUAUUAUCUCUAGCUGUGUUCACCUCAUUCAUUUUCCUCUUCCAGGGUUUGAUAAGGUGAACGAAAGUGAACACGAGAAGAGUCGUGACACGGGGAGAAGUGCCUCUGGAAAUUAAUUAAUGGUUACAUCGUCCAGGACUUAAGAGUAAUGAUUAUGGACAAGAAGAAUAAUGUGACGAGAGGCCAAGACGCUUAUUAAAGGGAUAAGCCACCAGUAAAUUGUGAUAUCUUUCUCCACCACCAAAGAACGAAAGGAGAUGACUUGAUUCGAUUGAUGAUAUUAUUAACCAAUUAUUAAAGUUUAAUUCCUAUCGACGAGAACUAAGAUUGACGGGUUGGAUAUUUGAUAAGUUUAGUAGAGCAUAUUUUUCAAAGUUUAUUUUUAUACGACUUUAAGAGAAUAAGUAGUAAUUUAAAAUUCAACGGGAUAAGGCUGAACAAGGUACAAUUAUGGGGUUGAACGAUCUACAGUCCCAUUUUACACAAAACAUUGUCAAUACGGUCGAGUCGGUGGAUCUUCUUAAAGUGGCUCAAACCGUGAAAACAAAGAAUCGGAAUGAUCGUGGAGAACAGUUCAAAGUGAUUGUGGAUGGCGAAUGUUGCCUGGACCGACUUUAUGGGGGGUAUUUUCCAGAUUGGAUAUGCGGUGGACAAUGGAACAAAAUGGAACAAUUCCUUCGCAAUUUUGCAUCCGUAAUUCAGAGUUCCAACCUAGAUCUCGUGAUAUGCUUCAAUGGAGCUCUGGAACCGGAAAGACUGGAGCAAGAGUGGAAAAUUAAACAAGAAGAAACGCUAAAAUUCAUUGAAGAAAUUCACAGACAUGUCACAUACAAGAAAAAACCUCCUCCAAAGUGCUGGUGGGUAGCUCCGGCUUAUUUGCGAUCUGCAGUUCGAGUAACAUUCAGAGCGCUACAAAUAAGAACUAUGAGCACGCUUGAAGACCAUCACAAAGAAAUUGUUCGAUUUUGCCAAAAGAAUAACUUUCAUGCAAUCGUGGCGGAUGAUCCAGAAUAUUUAGUUUUUGAUAUUCCCCGAUACUUUUCCGCUCAGAAACUGAAACUUACAUUUAAAGGGUCUCUGGAAACUGUAGAGCUAAAGCUGAAAAAAGUGCAAGAUGACCUAAACCUGACACCGGAAAAGUUUCACAUAUUCACAGCCCUAUUUGGGAAUUAUCUCCUAUCUGAAAGCGAUCUCACUUGCUUAUAUGCUGCUCUUGGUGUCGAUUCAUCUUCAAAAACGUCUUUGAUUGAGAAAAUUGGCGAAUUCAUCAGAACCCUCGAGUCCAACGAUACGGACAAAGUGGUUGAGAAAAUUGGCAAAUUAACUUGCGAAUCUGAACCUGAAAAAUCAAAGGAACUGUGCGAGAAGUUGGGAAAAUGUCUCCAGUACUAUUCAGAUUUAAGUAUUCCGAAAGCUGGUGUCACGUCACAGAAAGAGAACAAGAAAAGUAAGGGCAGCAAGGCUUCCAAGAAAUCAGGGGAACAAAACAAGGUGCAACAAAAACAGGCAACUCCUGCCACUUUAUCGGAUACGAACACGGGAACAUCCUCAGUUAUUUCAAACAAUGUUACUGAUGGUUCCCUGCCAUCGGAUACACAGAAACUCGAAUCAGGAGAUUCAUCGAAAAUCUUUGCCGAUACUACAGAUACCGAAGUCACUACUUCCAUUCCGCCAGUCGUAAAUGGAAGCAGCGGAGGAGGAAAUGGUAGUGGAGAUACUACUUCUAGCAACGAAACCAAUGCCAAAUCCAGCCUGGACAAGUUAUUGUAUCGUGUAAAUUCCGAAAUUGAAAAUGUGUGCAUCACCCGACACAAAAAUGGGCUGAUGUCGCCGUAUAUUUAUCAUAUUUUGAAACACAGAGAAAUAAAAUUACCCGUCAUCAUUCAAGAGUCAAAGGACAGCAAAGAGUUACCAAAAGCCUACGAACUGUUCCGUCCUCUUCGGCAGCGCGUCUACGCCAUUCUCUUUAAUCUUCACCAUCUCCACUUUUUGGCCAAGCAGAGGAACGAGAAAACUCCUCCUCUCUACGUCAAGGAGACUUACUAUUGUCCCAUAACUAAAGGGAUUAAGACCGAUCUAGUCCAGGCGGUAGAAGUUGGUUGGGGAGUACCAACGGUGGAGCGGUUAUGGCUAGGAGACCAAGAGGAGUGCAAACUGAAACGAACUCGAGCCUUCCUCGCCAUUCUGAAAUCGGACAAGCCAGUCAUGUUGGAUCCCUCAUUUGUCCCUCAACAAAUGCUCGUCCUCGCUUCCGUGCUGCGUUACAUACUGUCCACGGAGAAGAAAGUCCUGAGGAAGUCUGACCUCGAGGCUUUCAUUGCCCAAGCUUUCAUCCAAGAAAUGACUGAUCCUAGUAUUGCUCAAGAUAUCGAAGUUACUAAUCUUACAAUGAGAGGCGUUCAUCUCGCACAUUUAUUCAUGGAAGGGGUCGAAAUGUCUGUUCUUACAAAUGACGCUUGUGGUGCUCCCAUUCCUUACAUGUUGUUCUCACCUUGGAUGUUUUUCAAUGGGAAAGUAUUCAGCUAUGUCUUAGAACAACAAACCCAGGGAAAAAGUUUGGCAGAAAUUUGCGGGUACAAAAUGGAUCUGGUUUUCAGUAUUGAUCAAUUACGGUUGGCUGUGACGGAAGGUGUUAAAGUACAAUAUGCCCAAGCACCAAAUCCGGCCCCAUUUUUUGGAAAUAAUGGACCACUAUUGAAUCACAUUCUUGCGCCACCCACUCGACAGUUGCCAUACAACAUCCCCAACCAAAUGAACUUACAUAACGGAGGACCAGGAAGCCUGACUCAGUUGGCGGCCGCUGCGGCUGCUGCCAACUCUCGAAACCGAAUGUUGGGACCCCAGUCUCAAAACCCCUUCGUUCUUGCUGCAGCGGCUGCAGCUGCCAACAAUGGUGGAGGAGGCGGUGCUGGGAUUUAUGGCAACUAUCCCCAUCAUCCUUCUACUUCAAUAGGUGGGUCUGGCAUUCAUUCGAGAGGAGUGCCAAUUUAUCGUUUGGACAAUGAUAUUCCGAUCACGGCGAGACAACAGCAAGCACAACAUCAAGUGCAACAAAGACGAGGAGUUCCUCCCACGCGUGGUGGGCAUCUUGAGGUUGGUGGGAUGGUGGUCGGGUCUUGGGGUGCAAAUUAUGGUGGAUUAGCAAACCCAUUGAUGAAUGGAGGUCGUAAUGUAAGAGUGCCAAUGGGGCCAGGUGGCGCGUCUACUUAUCCUAAUCAUCAUCAUCAAAAUAUACAGAUGAAUUCACUAUUCGACCAAAUGAGAAUCUCUGGAGGAAAAGCACAGAAUAAUUAUCGUCCAGGAGGAGGUGCUCAAAAUGCUGGCUGGAAUCAGAGGAGAAACUAUACAAAUCACCAGGGAAAGAACCAGGUGGAGCAUGAUCAAGUUAAUUUUUAUAAGAAACCUGUAAACAAGAAGGCUGACAACAAUAUCAAGUCUGGAACUAAUAAUUCCUCAUCCAGUGCAAAAAAUGAUGCUACCAACAAACCAAAUAAUUCCAAGGGUGUGACAUUUAAAGAUGAAUCUCAAAGAUUGGAAACACCGGUUGUGAGUGAGUCUUCAAAUCUUUCAGAAAACAACAAGGGCAACACUGAAACAAAUUAAUCUAGUCUAAAUGUUUAGACCAAGUCCAACUAACAAUGAGGGUUAAAGCAAAGUCGUCGGUUUUUGUAAACUCCAUACCCCGCUCCUACACACUUUAGUAUAACGACAUAAACAGUGAAAUGAAGGCCAGUUUUACCAGAAAUUCCUAUAUAUUUGUUGUUAUACGGUGAUUUUUUUCAAUAUUGCCAAACGCAUCGACAAAUGAACAGAGUUACUUUUAAUUAAUUUUUUCCAAUCAAGUGUUGUUGUAUGAUCUGAACGAAAAUGUUGAAGAAAGAAAAUGUGCACCUCAUGAAUCAAGCAAGAUUUAGUAUUUUCCGUAAGACCAUCCCUCUAUUUAUUAACGAGGGUCGUUAUAUUUAAAAAAUUACCUAUUUACUAGUUUAGUCACUUUAAUGCAGUAUUUAAAAAACAGUUGUGUACACUCGUUGAAAAUCAUAGACAAUGCAAAUUAGGUUGAAAAUACAAGUUAGCGUAGCCCAACUUCAUCCAAAUUGCAAGCAGCUAUGUAGUUAAUUGUCAUGAAUAUCGUAAAGAUUUUUUGAGGUUGAAGGUAAUAUGAAUUAACCAGAAUCCUCCCGUCUGUGUCUAUCCAGUUCUUAAUGUCGUUGUUUAAUUAGUUGUUUAAUCAGAUUUUAGCAAAAUAGCAGCAACAGCAGAUUAAAAACUUUCAAUUAAUAGCAUUUCAAUAUUAUGAGUAGAAGAAGAGUUGUUAAAUAUUGAACAUUGAUCUUAAUGCUUGUAAAAUCGUGUGAAACUAAGUAAUUCCACGAAUGCAUUAUUCUAUGUAUUAUCUUAAUGAAUUUCCAAUUGCAGAUAUUGCAAAUUUUGUGUCAUAUAAAAAUUGAAUUCAAGUUUCAAAUUAUAAGUAGAAUUCCCUAUGAAUAUUUAAAAGCUACUAAACUGGCUUUUUUCUCUCCCACGUACAUAGACUUCAUCAUUGUUGUCGCAUAGUAGUGAGUGAAGCAUUAAUUAGCUCAUGAAAUUUAGCUAUUGGCUUAAAUCGUACUCGUUCGUAUAUUAAACAUACAUAUUUAAUUAUUACUUGUCGUCACACUUUGUUAGAAUAUCUUAGAGUGGAUGGAUCUUAACUUUUUAAUCAAGUUGCAGUUGAUUAAUAAUUGAUUGUCAAUUAGCUAACACGGAUUGAAAUACGGCAGGAAUUGUAAUCUCUUCACAAAGUAAUGGUUGUUCUUGUCGUUCUUUCUCCCCAUAAAUAGCUGUCCUUCUUCAUAAAGUGCAAAAGCAUAAACACAUUUGUUGAAAAUGAAUAAAUUGCUGCUCUGGCCCUCGUCGACUUGCGAUAACGCCACCUCAAAUGAAUUAACAUGUAUGAUGAUGACAGUUAUGUAACAAAAUGUUAUGGACGUGGAGAGAUGAUGAGUUAAAGAUUAUUAAUAUUAAAUAAAUUAUUGUUUCUUAA